AUGGUUAGCCCGGUGGUGAGCCAGAUCUGCCUGGCCAAUGUACUCGUCGAUGGUGGAAGCACCCUCGACAUCAUCUUCGCCAACACGUUGGAGAGCAUGGGCUACAACAUGACCUCUCUGGUCCCAUCGGAUCAGGCCUUCUACGGUAUCAUUCCCGGAGCCGGGUCGACUCCGAUCGGCCAAGCCACCUUGCCAGUCACCUUCGGCACCCGCGACAACUACUGCACCAAGUACGUCAACUUUGAGGUCGCCGAGUUCGAGACCUCCUACCAUGCCAUCCUAGGAAGGACCUCCCUCGCCAAGUUCAUGGCGAUCCCCAACCGCAUGUAUCUUCUCCUGAAGAUGCCAGCUCCAAAGGGGGUCCUCUCGAUCUAUGGAGAUCUGCAGACCUCCUACGCAUGUGAGGCCAAGAACAUCGAGCUCUCCGACACCCUGGAACGAUCCAGGAACUCAGUUCUUGUUGCCCAGGUAGCAAAGAACCUCCCGACGGACCAGCAGCAGAUCCCCGCCAAGGAGUCGACUUUCGAGUCGCAGCUCGCGCCAGCCGUGGCGACCAAGACCAUCGUCCUCCGGGACGAUGAACCACACAAGACCGCUGUGAUUGGGGCCAGCCUCGACUCGGCGUAG